CGAGGCAUUAUUCAGAAAGUUAUUCCAAGCAUCAACAAAUUCUCAGUGCUGCGCCUCUACUUUGGUUACAGUCUGAUGAAGUACAGCGAGUUGAUCAUUGGUAUGGAGGAGGGUGUCAGUGAGGAGGUUGAGGGUUCUAUCCAGCGCAUCAGCUCGGCCGCCGCAACAGCAGCAGCCGGAGGAGGGGGAGGAGGGGGAGGAGGCCUAUCCGGCCACGCCAUUGCGCGCCGAGCUGAGAAGAUUCUUGCAUCUGUCAAACUCAUCAGGUCGGCAGCUAAGGCGGUCACCCAGGGCGUCGAGGUCGUGACAUUGGCUGUCGGGCAGAUCAAUCAAGGAGAGUACGACAGAAUCGUCAGGCGAAGAUUCACCUCCGGCUCGUCAUUGAUAAGCGGCGCCGCAAAGAAACUCGAGAGAGGGGCGAAAGGUGUAAAUCGGGAGGCCAGCAAAAUACUGAAACUGGCAUCAUCACUGUCAGAUGAGUCGGCGAAAAAGACGUGACUCCUGCCUGUGAGUCACGAUUUUUGCCUGUAAUACUGCCUUUACUCGUGGGAUGUGACUCUUCAAUAUGACUUUUCAUUAGGAAACGUGACUACUGCCUUUGAGACAUGACUCUUGCUUGUGAGUCUGGCUUUUCACUCGUGGGAUGUGACUCCUCUGAGUGGCUUUUUAUUAUGAGACGUGACUCUUGUCCCCGAGAUAUGACUGUUUGCUGGGUGCCUGUUGGACCAGACUGCUGAGGUACCCGAUUGUGACUUUUCUGAGUUUGACGAACUCGGCCUUUUCUUGACCUGGGCAUCUGACCCUGAGAUCCGAAUUUGGGGUCUGAAUCGUGGAAGGCCUUUCACUGACGUCUCAGGAUCUCUCGGCCAUAACAGGGAGAUGCAGUACAUCUGAUGUAAGGCACACUGGAGUCUGGACCCAGUUUCCAGCUUUAUUAAUACAAAAUGUGAUUAAAAAAAAAAAAAAAAAAAAAAAAAAGGAGGAAAAAAAAAAGAAAAGUUAAUCAAUUGUGCCUUCACAC